GGCAGAACAAUGUAGAUAAUAGGCCUUUAGUCGUGCCUAUAUAGUAGCCACCUUGGUAGGGUUGAUGAUCCAGAAGAAGGAAAUAUAUGGACACUCUCUCCACCGGAACGGAGUUCAAAAUGGGCGUGUCGUAUCGCCCACAAAAUAUCAGCGAGCGUCAGAUCAUGGCUUCUCUUGAUCGAGUAAAGGUGUUAGUUUUAGGCGAUUCCGGUGUAGGAAAGUCCUCCCUUGUACAUCUUUUGUGCCAGAACCAGGUUUUAGGAAAUCCAUCAUGGACUGUCGGCUGCUCAGUCGACGUACGGGUCCAAGACUAUAAAGAGGGAACCCCAGAGGAGAAAACGUACUACAUUGAACUAUGGGACGUCGGGGGCUCGGUCGGCAGUGCCAGCAGUAUCAAAAGCACCAGAGCAGUUUUUUACAAUUCAGUCAAUGGAAUUAUUUUGGUGCACGAUCUGACAAACAAAAAAUCCUCUCAGAAUCUCUAUCGCUGGUCACUGGAAGCUUUAAACAAGGAUUCAUCACCGACCGGUGUCAUCGUCUCCAAUGGCGAUUAUGACCGCGAGCAGUUUGCCGAAAACCCGGUGCCGCUGCUGCUCAUCGGCACCAAGUUCGAUCAGAUUCCCGAGAACAAACGCGGCGAGGUUCUCACGCGGACGGCCUUCUUGUCCGAAGACUUCAACGCGGAGGAGAUCAAUCUUGACUGCACCAAUCUGAGAUAUUUGGCCGCAGGCACGUCCAAUGCAGUGAAGCUCAGCAGAUUCUUUGACAAGGUGAUUGAAAAACGGUACUUCACUAGAGAUCCAAGUCAGAUGACGGGCUUCACAGACCGAAAGCGCUUCAACUUCAAGAGUUUGCACUAUGACUGACAACGCGGUCUGCGGUUCAACUUUGGCAAACAGAGAUGUUCUUUCCCCACACCAAUCUCACCACCUUUUCACUUUCACUUACUCUCUGCAUUGUCAAUUCAAAUUCUGUUUGUCAAAGUCGAAAGCGCACAGUGCCUUGUGAUGAAGAACUGAGUAGGAAGAUGAGAACAAUUCUUUUUCAUUCACGUCGGCAAUGUUAUGAAUAUGUCUACUGCGAGAAUUAGUUAAAAAUGUUCUACUGUAAAUUCACGGUCAAUAAACCAGAUUGGCAAAGCCAAACCAGAUAGAUGCAAUAUUUUUUUUUUUUUAAAGUUGUUUUCGUUGCCUUGCUAAUUAGGUUUAAAAGAAAAUCUUUUUUUUAAAGACUAAAAUGCGGAAACAUAUAUGCAGAGUGCGUCAAAAAGUAUAAGCACGUAUGUGUGCAUAUAUAUAUAUCUGUGUGUGUGUGUAUGUUUACAGAGUGAAUCUGAAAGUAUUCCUAUGCUAGCCAUUUUUUGUGUGUGUGUGGAAAUGACAAGUGCAAAAGACUGUACAUUGUUUUUUUUCUUUUGUUGUUUGUUAGCUUUUACAUUUUGACGAUGCCAAAAAAGACAAGUGUGAUCGAUGGGCUUCGAGCAACGGUGGGACCAAGUCAUUGCUGUGUGAGUCACAAGUCAGUUUCAAGUCUUCGGGACUUAGCUUUCUCAACUUCGACUCGUGUGCAAAGACGAGACUUAACUGUGACUAGCAAAUCGAAAUGACUUCGCCGCACCGGUGGCGUCUUGCAUUAUUUUGCCAAAUUGUAAAAGUGCCAAUUUGGCUGGAGUAUAAAAAAUUUGGAUCUUAA